UGUCACGACACUCGCGAAGGUCGUGUGAGGCCAAGAAAUAGGCCUUAUCGCUUCAUGUCCGCGACCGCCAUGUCGGCCAGGACAAUAAUUUGGCUGGUCUUCGCGGCUCUUGCUCAGGUUGUGCAUUCAGAGGGGCUGGCGUACGGGGAAGACCAGCAACCUUUGGUGUCUACCCCGCAGACUCGUGCUUCGGUUUUGUACCACCUGCAGCCGGGUGCAGAUGGAUUUGCAGUGCAUAAGAUAGCAGAUGUGCUUGAGCACGCGAACCUGGACGUAUGGCACCUUUCCCCCGAGCGCGGCGCGUAUGUCUACGUCCGGGAUGCAGGAGAGGAGCGCACGAUGGAGAAGAUACUGGACCGCGUCAACAGCGCUGCAGUCGAGAGGACACCCAUCUCUGCGCCACCUCCCCCGCCCGCCGAUCAUGCUUACCCCGCAAGCGCCUUCCCCUGGAACACCUCCCUUUCCCACCUCCCCAACAGCACGUACCAUAACACAUAUCACUCAUACCUCGAGCUUCAUGACAUGCUCUAUGCCUUGCACGAUGCCUACCCCGAUGUGGUCACCAUCGUCGAAUACGGACGCAGCAGCGAAGGAAGACCACUUCUCGGAGCCGUCAUCCAAGACGAGGAAGUCCCUUCGGAUGAGGAGAAGCUGCUUAGUUUCUCUCAUGCGCACUCGGGUGGUAGGAAAGGGGAGGCGGAUACCAAGCUGGCCUUCGUCAUCAGUGGCGCGCAGCAUUCGCGAGAGUGGAUUGCUACAUCUACUGCAAGCUAUCUCGCGCAUGCCCUUUCCUCAAAUACCAGUGAACCUGGAAGUCUGCGCAGCCUGCUCAAGCAUUUCGACUUCCACAUCAUACCCACACCAAAUCCAGACGGCUAUGUAUAUACGUGGGAGCACGACCGCUUCUGGCACAAGAACCGCCAGCCUCUCGGUCUCGGGGUGGAAUGUACUGGCAUCGACUUGAACAGGAACUGGGGCUACAAAUGGCGGCCAGUCACCUAUGGCGACGUCGACCUGUCUUCCUCCGACGACAAUUCAUGGCAAGGCGAGGCGGACCUGAAGAAGAAGCACAAGAAGCCGAAGCCAACACCGAACCCGUGCUCUGCCUCUUUCCCCGGCUCUCGACCUUUCCAGGCCCCCGAAGUGAAUGCGCUGGCGAACUACGUGACUGCGAUUGGGAGCGGUGUUGGGGGCGCGCCUGGCCGCGAGAUCGGUGUCUAUAUCGACCUGCGGAGCUUUGGGCAGAUGUUGUCUACGCCUUACUCCUUUUCUUGCCAGCGCAUGCCGCGCGACAAUGAGGACCAACUCGAGGCCGCGAUGGGCGCGGUCAAACGCAUGAAGGCCGCGCACGGUAUGGGGUACAAGACCGGACGCCUUUGCGAGCUAUUGUACAACGCCGGCGGCAAUAUCAUGGACUACAUGUACAAGCGCGAGAGCAUCAAGUACUCCUACUCGUUGCAUCUCAGGGAUACCGGGACAUACGGCUUCCUGAUUCCUCCCGAAUGGAUUCGCCCAGUCGGCGAGGAGACGGCGCAACUGGUCACCUACCUGGCCCAUUUUGUGGCACGGCAGCGGCAGUUGCCGGAUGCGCCAUGAAGGAGUUACCGAACGCGCCGUGAAAGCAGUUGGCGAACGCGGCAUGAAGGGCAAAUCUCGACAUGUGUAGAUGUUGGAGGUGUUCUGCAUUUUUCCUGGGCUCGCUAUCCUGGCGUCUAAGGGUAUUAGCUGAUCUCCCUGUGUACUUCUAGAUUUUGACUCGAAACGAGGCUUUGAUUUACCCGUC